UUUAUUGGUCGCGUACGGCGUCAAUCAAAGCAAAGAGCAAAACUUGGUGCGCUGGCCGGAUCUUGUGCAGAGGUUUGGCCAAUCAGGAACACCGUAAGGAACUCAGUUACACGACCUAAACUUGCUUCUUUGACGAGAAUCACGCAAAAUUGUUGUCAUGGAAGGAGACCCCCUGUCAGCUCUAUGCACCCCCGCUCUUGUCGUGGAUGUGGACAAAGUGAAGAGAAAUGCCAACAGGAUGAUUGAACGCUUUGAGAAACUAGGAGUCCAGCUUCGCCCACACAUGAAGACCCAUAAAACCCUUGAGUGUGCUGACAUAAUGACGGGCGGAUCACGAAGGAGCAUUGUGGUUUCCACUCUGGCAGAGGCCAGUUUUUAUGCUGACCAUGGAUUUGAUGACAUCCUCUAUGCUUACUCCCUUCCUUUUGAUAAGAUAGAGCGUUGUGCUGCCCUUUCAGAAAGGCUGGAGCUCUUCCAGGUUUUAUUGGAUCACCCCGAUGCACUGGAGCAGCUCAAAAGUAGGCCACUGAGAGACGGUCGACUGUGGCACGUCUGGUUAAAACUUGACUGUGGCAAUGGCAGAGCUGGCAUCCUGCAUUCACAACCAGAGGCGCUCAGAUUGGCUCAAGCUAUCGAAGGGGCAGAGGGUGUGCAGCUGACAGGAGUGUACGCUCACUGUGGGAAUACCUAUAGCUGCAAAGGAGUGGAGCAAAUUCAGACUGUCGCUCAGGAAACCACCAACUUGAUUCUGCAAUUCAUGGAGAAACUCAAGUCUGUUGGGAUCACCUGUAAAUCCAGCAUUGGCUCCACUCCUUCCUGUAGCCAACCAGUCAAAGACAUGGCGCAGCUGAGCGAGGUGCAUCCUGGAAAUUACGUCUUUUAUGAUGUGCAGCAGUCGCUGAUUGGUUCAUGCAGCUUGGAGGAUGUGGCCGUCCGGGUUCUGACCAGAGUGAUUGGUCACUGUCCACACAGGAACCAACUCCUGAUUGACUGCGGGUGGACUGGACUCAGUCUGGAUGGAGCUGGAAAACUUCCCACUGGAUAUGCUGUGAUUGAAGGGCAUCCAGACCUCAAGUUAACCUCUAUGACCCAGGAGCAUGGGAGAGUGGAGCCCAUCUUAGGAUCACUGGACCACAGCAAAUUUCCGCUGGGCACUCUGCUCACAUUGAUUCCCUAUCACUCUUGUGCAACAGCGAUGAUGCAUCCUGUUUACCAUGUGCACUCAAAAGGCCGACUGGUGGGAAAGUGGAUUCCAACUCGGGGAUGGUGAACUGUUGUCUUUGAUCCUGACUUCUGGGUCAUGUGAUGGUGCUACUCAAGUCACCUGUAGUCACAAGUAGGGAAGACUGUGGCUACAGAAUGUUUAGUCUACAUUUCAUCUCUGUCGCUGUGGCAACAGGAGCAAAUCAAUAGUAAAGUUUCAUUCCAAUUGUAUAGUGCAGCUGUAUUACAUCUAAAUUAAAUAACAGAUAAUACUUAUACUACUACAGUAUAAAUUCAGUAAUCAAAAAGCACACUUAUCAAUGUUAUACAAUAGUGUACCUGCAUGAAUGAAAAUAAAUGAAUAAGACAG